CCCAUAAGAGCUCGACGUGGGCGACUUAAAUGAUAAAUGGAGAGUUUGUCUGGGAGUUGCUAGAGGAAGAGCCGCAGGAGCAGCAUGGAGGACAACACGCCGCUACACAACACCUCUUUUAAGUCCUGGCGCGAAACUCUACCAAGAAAACAACGAGUAGGCUGCGCUCUGGUCUUCCUGGCCGUGUUUCUGCUGAGCUCAACAGGGGUUCUCUUACUGGCGCUUGCUCUGAGAGGGGCCGACCCCUCGUCACCUGACACCCAGGCGCCUCUAAAUCCAGUGUAUGCCGCGUCCUCGACCGUCGUGGACCGGGAAGAGGCCGCGUGGACCCCCGCCAUCUCGGGCAGUUCCCCGCCAUCAUCGAUGACUGGUUCGCCGUCCACCGCCGCCGCCGAGCCACCGACCGUGUCGAUGAACAACAGGGCGAAGUCCUCCGCCGAGCCGCCGAUCGCUGGAGCACAGUCUGCAAAGCAUGCUGGGAGAUAUUCACCAGACCACAGUAGACAACAGCAGAAGGAUGAAGACAAGAAUCCAAGUGCCUUGCUCACAGCUCCGGAAGGCAUUGCAACAGACGGCCAAUAUCUGCGGUGGGGGACUGAGCACCACAACGCUCACCUUCACGGGGGCUUCUCCUACUCCGACGGCAGCCUGGUGGUGCCCAGGACUGGACUGUACAGGGUCUUCCUGCAGGUCACCUACUGGAUCCCGGAUGACUUCAAAUACGACACUUGCCCCUUGCGCCUGGAAAACAUUGUGUACAUUUUCAGGACCAGUUAUAAAGCGGACAUGCCUCUGCUGUCAACGAAGCGCACAUUAGCCUGCAGCACCAAGAAUUGGUAUGAAACCGUUUACACCGCGGCGUCGUUUGAAUUGGACGCUCGGAGCAAGCUGAGGGUGACUUCAACACUGGAACAUCUCAUCUCUACCGACGCUACUUCCGUCUUCUUUGGGGCGGAACUUCUCCCUUAGCAGUCUGGUAAAGCGCCAUUACUAGAGACGAUAUUAUCGGCCGAUAAAUGCUUUAAAAUGUAAUAUCGGAAAUGAUCGGUAUCGGUUUCAAAAAGUAAAAUUAAUUACUUUUUAAAUCAAAAAUAAUGCACUUUGUGAAAGUCAAAGUAUAGUAUUUCCCAUAGUUGUAAUGGGUAUCAGGAUUAUCUCAGGGAGAGCAUGUCCCAAAUUCCAAGCUGUUUUGAGGCAUGUUAAAAAAAAUAAUGCAC